UAAGGUAAUGUCAAAAUUGUUUUUAUUUCUGAAACAAACAAGCGGCUUUGCUACGAAAGGAAUAUUGCGAAACAAUUGCAAAAUGUCCAAAAGUGCUGUAAUUAUUCUGGCUGAAGGUGCAGAGGAGAUGGAGUUUACAAUUGCAGCCGAUGUCCUAAGACGAGCGGGAAUUAACGUCACUGUUGCCGGAUUGAAUGGUAACGAACCAGUGAAGUGCUCACGCAACGUCGUAAUUGUGCCGGACAAAUCACUGGACCAAGCUGUGGAGGAAAAAUAUGAUGUAGUAGUGCUACCCGGCGGAUUAGGCGGCUCAAAUGCAAUGUGCGAAUCCAAGGCAGUUGGCGAACUGUUGCGUGCUCAGGAGACAUCUGGUGGUAUUAUUGCAGCCAUUUGUGCUGCGCCCACUGUGCUUGCCAAGCACGGCAUUGCUACUGGAAAAACUUUAACAUCAUAUCCGGCCAUGAAAGCGCAACUGGUAGAUAAUUACACCUAUGUGGAGGAUAAAAAUGUUGUACAGGAUGGCAAUCUCAUUACUAGCCGUGGUCCAGGCACAGCCUUUGAAUUUGCACUGAAAUUAUCUGAACUAUUGGUGAGCAAGGAAAAGGCUCAGGAGGUUGCCAAAGGCAUGCUUUUGACCCACAACUAAUUGUUAUAAUAAAUUGAAUCAUAAGUUUUAUGGAUCUAAAA